AUGCUUACUGGUCUCCGGGUUCGUGGGUCUCUGAUGGAGAAGUACAACAUUUUGGCCAAAGUUGGUGCGGACUCCCUUGAAUAUCAACGGCACAUCAUUGGAGUUCUCACCAAGCAAGAGCUGACAAAAUGCCAGACCAUGAAGCGACAGUAUCUGCAGCAAGUCCGAGCGUGGCAAGCUCAGUUUGAGAAGAAAUACCGGCGAAAGCCUAAUCCCGCGGACCGACCGACUGGAAUUGUUCGUCUUCAAGGGCGUUGUAUGGCCCUUAAUGAGCGGAUGCAAGAGCUAAAUGACCGCCUGGCUGCUGCUCACGGCAGCAUUUACCGGUUGAUUUCGAGCAAGGGGGUUCUAGCGAUCGACGCAACCAGUCCGUCAGGUUCCUUUGAUCAAGGUGGAGGGAAAAGGUCACCUGCACAGAAAGCAUUCUUGAAUCGUUUCGGCUCACAGUGA